UUGGCAUUCACCUGCAGUUCAGGUGCAGAACCACGAGUGAUAUGUGAUUGCAAUUCAAGUUCUCGGUUAAAAUAGAGCAUCAUGCAGUCGAUCUUAAAAUUUGCCGGCUUAUGCCUUCUGAUGAGUUCGCUGAUCGGUAACGUACCUUUAGUUAACUCUUUACGUAUCCUGGGUAUAUUUCCGCUUCAAGGGAAAAGUCACUUCGUUAUGAGCGAGGCUUUGAUGAAAGGAUUGGCCGCCAAGGGUCAUCAAGUCGACGUCUACGGUCAUUUUCCGCUGAAAAAAUCGAUCCCCAACUACACGGAUUACAGCUUGGCCGGGACUCUUCCUGCUUUUGCAAACAAUAUGACGUACGAGUUCAUGGAAUCAUUUUCCAAGCGCAUAUCCAUGAAACAGAUGCUCGAGAUCGUCGGCGAGCCAAUCUGUGAUCUAUUAAAUUUGCCAAUUUUUCAAAAACUUUUAAAAGACCCACCUAAAUACGAUCUGGUGAUAGUUGAGAUAUUCAUGUUUAAUUGUUACUUGGGUUGGGGCCCUUACCUCAAAGUACCCAUGAUAGCAGUGUCAACGACAACUCUAUUCGAUUGGAUGAACGAGGCUCUGGGAAACCCGUGGAAUCUUGCCGCUGAGCCGAGCAGUUUUUCUCAGUCGAUUCCGCCGAUGUCGUUCCUCGAAAGAGUCGACAAUUUUCUGUUUAGUAAUUACCUAACUCUGAUGUACAACUAUCAUAUGAGGGUGCAGGACAAAUAUAUAGAAGGAGCCUUUGGUAAAGGACAUCCCAAUGCUGUCGACGCAAUGAGGGAAAUUUCUCUUGUGCUGAUAAAUUACAAUCAAGCACUGAAUGGAAUCAAAGCUUUUACUCCUGGCGUCGUACCUGUAGCUGGUUUACAUAUUACGGACCGCGAAGACCCGCUUCCAGAGCGAGUGAAAAAAUUCAUGGACGAGAGUAAGGAUGGAUUCAUUUAUUUUUCAUUUGGAUCGAUGGUCAGAAUCGAAACUUUUCCAAAGCACAUAUUGCACGCCCUUUACCGCAGUUUUGAGAAAAUCGCGCCGGUUCGAGUUCUGAUGAAAAUAGCCAAACCGGAAGAUUUACCCACGGGUUUACCGUCCAACGUAAUUACUCACAACUGGCUGCCUCAGCUUCAAGUUCUAAAACACAAGAAUAUAAAGGCCUUCGUGACCCACGGCGGCACGAUGGGGACGCAAGAAGCCGUGUACCAUGCCGUACCCAUGAUAGGGAUCCCUCUCUUUGGUGAUCAGCACAUCAACAUCAAAACUUACGUGAAAAAAAAUUUGGCUGUUUACGUCAAUCGGCACGAACUCACGGAAGAGACAUUCACUCGAGCCGUUCGGGAAAUAUUGACAAAUCCUCUUUACAAGGAAUCAUCCGAAAAGUACAGCAAAGCUUUCAAGGACGUGCCAAUGAAGCCGUUGGAGACGGCCAUCUAUUGGGUCGAGUACGUGGCCAGACACGGAAAAAACGCCCUCAGAUCUCCGCUGUCGGACAUGCCAUGGUGGCAGACAUCGCUGCUCGAUAUUUACGUGUUUUUAGCUACGAUUCUUGUGCUAAUAUUGAUUGUAAUUCGAGUUAUCUGGAAGAGUCUCGCUAAAUUGCUGUCGAAAAAAACAGCCAAGUCGAAAAAGAAGCAACAACGUGGUCUUGACUGCGUGGUCAAGAUGAAAUUUUUUCUCUCCUGCCUCGUGGUGCUGGCCUCGAUUCUUCAAUGGGCCAAUGGCUUGCGUAUCCUGGGCAUGUUUCCGCUGCACGGCAAGAGCCACUUCCACAUGUGCGGCAGCAUCAUGCGCGGCAUGGCCGAGAGGGGCCACCAGGUCGACGUCUACAGCCACUUUCCACGGCAAAGCCCGAUUCCCAACUACACGGACUACAGCUUGGCCGGGACUCUGCCGGCCCUUGCCAACAACAUCACCUGGGACUACGUAUCGAAGGUCCAGUCCGGCGUCUCGAUUCCCCGCAUGUUGGCUUUCGGUGGCAAUCCCGUUUGCAAAUUGAUGGGUUUGCCGCUCCUGCAGAAUCUGAUACGCAAUCCACCGAAGGAUCCUCCAUACGACGUGGUCGUGGUUGAGCCAGCCUUCGCGAAUUGCCACAUGGUCUGGGGACGACUGCUGAACGUACCGAUGGUCGUCGUGUCCACGACCCCGAACGUCUUCGACUGGUACAACGAGCCUCUGGGCAAUCCGGUGAACUACGCCUCGGACCCGAGCGUAUUCGCGAGGACAGUCGCGCCCAUGAGUUUCCUCGACAAGCUGCACAAUAUGUAUCUGCACCUGUACGUGAGCUGGGCCAUGGCCUAUUUCUCGCGCGAGCAGGACGCCCUGCUGAAGGAGUACGUGGGCGACGGCUAUCCGAGCGUCUACGACUUGCAAAAGGACACGGCUCUGGUUUUGCUCAAUCACAAUGUGGCGCUCAAUGGAGUAAAGGCUCAAACGUCGUCGAUCGUCUCGAUCGGAGGUGUGCACGUUCUCGACGACGACAGCACUCAAUUGCCCAAGCAAGUCGAGAAAUUUCUCGACGAAAGUAAGAAUGGAUUCAUUUACGUUUCAUUUGGCUCGAUGGUCCGACUGGAAACUUUCCCGAAGCCUGUAAUCGAUGCGUUUUACGCCAUGUUCAAAAAUAUCGCACCAGUUCGAGUACUCAUGAAAAUAGCCAAACCGGAAGAACUGCAACCUGGCCUACCGUCCAAUGUAAUCGUUCAAACUUGGUUACCGCAGAUCAAAGUAUUGAAGCAUAAAAACAUCAAAGGCUUCGUCACGCAUGGAGGAUUAUUAGGAACUAUGGAGGCUGUGUACCAUGAAAUACCAAUGGUCGGAGUGCCGCUUUUCGGCGAUCAGCAUCUUAAUUUAGAGGUAUACGUUAGGAAGAACGUGGCUAUAAAGUUGCUGCUUGAAAAUAUCAACGAAAAAAGUCUCACCGAAUCGGUUAAGGCCAUGUUAGAGAAUCCAAUUUACAAAAAAUCCGUGAGACAAGUGAGCAAAAUGAUGCGCGACACCCCGAUGAAACCCAUGGACACGGCAGCCUAUUGGAUCGAGUUCGUAGCGAGGCAUGGAAAAGAUGCCCUGAGGUCGCCCCUCACGGACAUGCCAUGGUGGGAGGCCUCGCUCUGGGACGUUUACACCUUCAUUCUGUCCAUUAUCUUUUUGCUACUGUAUGUGAUUAAAUUAAUACUCGGCCGAUUUUUGGCCUUGUUCAAGCGCAACACCGAGCUCAAGAAGCAACGCUCGACUAAAGUCAAGAGAAAUUGACAACGAAGCACUUUAUGACUCGUGUCAGCUCGAUUUUGUCCAUAGGAACGCUGAAUUACUGCCAAUUUUUAUACGCUAUAUAUACGGAGAAAAAACCUGAAGACAACAUUGCAUAGUUGAUACAAAAAUUUCAUGUAAAUGACGUAACGAUCUAUCAGUUCUUCAAGGACAUUACAACGGUCAUAGAGUUUUAGCUAUACUUUCUCUUUUUUGAGCAGACUUCAAAUUUAUUUUGCUGCGGUUUACACCUGCAAUUGAUAAAUCAUUGAUCAUGCUACCGUUGACAUCAAGUGCUUGAUGGAAUUAACUUUCUAAUCGACACAUCUACAUGAUAUAUUAAAAAAAUAUACUUCGAAAAUUUUUAAUCCUGAUGCACCUUUAGUUUUUCAAUGUAUUUCAAUGUAUUUCUUUUCCGAUGCACCUUUAGUUACUUGAGUAAAAAUGUAAGUUCGAGGAUUAACCUUACCAGAGCAUAUUCAUGUACUGACUCGAAUAAUUGAUAAGUGUCAUUCAUGUACUUAUUAAAAAGCAAUAAACUAUGUAAUUUAAAAAGAUUUUUUAUGUCUGUUAGUUUUCAGACGCUACGAAUAAAACAUGUUUUGAAUAAAA